AUGGAUUUGCGAAAAGUUAACACAACCUGCAACGUGCCGAUUCCUCAGAGCACCAUUCUGCAGCAUGGACAGCCAACUCCCUCAUCAUCACCAGACGGGUAUGAUUAUCCGCAUCCGGGUGGCGUACUCAAAGAGUACUUGGAGGUCUAUGAGUAUGCGGGUGGGGCGCGCUUCCGAGGCUUUGUGGCUGAGAAGGGAGACAUGCGCACCAUGUUCAUCUUCUUCGAUCAAGAGGUCAUUGAAAUGGAUCUGAAACAAGGGCUUGUAUCACUGCUCGAACUAGCCAGCAGCGAGCACUUUGGUUGCGAUCAGCUCGUCGUUGGCAUCGACCGCGAGGCUGAUGAGGACAAGGUCAAGGACCUGUCUCGCGACUUGGGCUGGGUGGGCUUCGAGCUCUCAAUGCUGGAUCCCUGGACAAAUGGAGAAGGCUGCGUAAGCGAGCGAUUCAUUCUGCUCGCCAUGGACGUCUGA